UUUACGCAACCAAACAAAACAUCCCAACUAUCCAUAAAAAUAUUGUGCUUUGAAUGUUUCAGUUUACUGUUCCGCAAUAAGUUUUCGUUCUUGAUAAGUAGAUUUUUGAGUGAAUUGUUGAAAAUAAAGGAAACAACAUUGUAAAAAUUCAGCUUACACUUCAGAUUUUCACUUCACGUUGCGAUCAUGAAGAGUGCCAAACUGCAGGCAGCCCUCGCCAAACGUCUGGAAGCAGAGCAGAUAAAGUUCCAAAAGUCGGCGGCCAUGGAACGAUACUACGAUCAGUGGAGCAGAAUUACGUCUCGCUACGAUUCGUGGAAUUCGCCCAAGUUCAAUCAACAUGCCGAAGAUGCCCAGCGUCGACGAGAGGAAGAGGAGCAGAAGGAAGCUGCGGAGAACGAGCGGCGUGAGAGAUCGCGAGCCAAGCUGCAACAGGAAAAGGAUGAUUUUCAACGGGAAAUCAAAGCCAAAAAUCGCCCGAAACCGAAACCCAUCUCGACCGAUCUACUGGAAAGCGUACGUGACCGUCUCAACGAUCGCGAGGAAGCUAAACGAAGGAUGGAUCUCGAAGCCAGUCUGUAUACCAAGUGGCGCAAGGGUCACGACCGCGAUGCAAUCAUACUGAAUUCCAAGAACUCUCACCAAGCGAUGGCCAAGCUGAACUGGAUGGAUCGGCAGAUCGAGCAGCAGAUGCAGAGUGAAAUCGAACAGAAGAACAAUCAGGAACGUGAAAUUCGACUUCACGAAGAGGCCAGACGUCACGAGGAGGUUUUACUAGAGAAGAGCCGACUGCGAGAACAGCAAAUCAAAGAGUUGAGAAACCACCAGGAGUUUCAUGUCAAAGAACUAAAAAGCCAAGAGCAAGAAAUGAAUGAACUGAAGUUGUAUGAGUCUCGAUUGCGCACGAAGCGAGAAGAAUUCGCAAAGGAAAUAGAGCAACUACGGGUUUAUAACAGCAGGCGUCGGGAUCGUGUGGCCGCGUUGCACAAUGUGAGACGUAUUAAGAUGAUACUGCGCGAACGGUCCGAAGCAGUUCGCAAUGAUUUGAAGCAUGAUUUGCAGUUACUGCACCGAAUCUCUAUUGACAAUCCAGAAUCAAACGAAGGCAUCGAUUACCUUCGAAAGAAAUUUCAACUCCAGUACGAUUUGGAGGUCGAUCAACAGACCACGAUCGAGAACAUGUACGAAUCUGAAGCGAAGCACAAUCUCAUCAAAUGGGAAGACAAAUGGAACGAGGAAGCGCAGAUACGAGAACAACAGCUACGAUGUAUGUUGGACGAUCGUGUUUCAGAUUUCGACAGCAAACUGAUCGACUGCACUAAACGUCAGAACGAGCUGCUUGAUAUUCGCGAAACUCACAUCAAAGCUAUCGAGAGUGCUACCCAGCAAUUGAAGGAGUUGAUGAAAGAUAAAUCCAACGAGCGUAGUGUGUCUACCGACGCAACUGAUCAUCUAUGGGAGAUUCUUGAUGAGCAGCCUUCACCCAAAGCAACGGAAACUUACCGAAGUCCUACAUUCGGACAUAUUUUUCCAUCUGAUGAUUUAGACGUUAAGGAUCUAUCGCUAAGUGACAAGGUGGGCGAGACGCGUAAAGAACCGGGGACACUGUCAGCUCCUCAGUUCGGUAAGAAGAAAGUAGCCUGGUGCUAUUAGUAGCCAAGUAAGUAUAUUUCUCCAUCCCGAACAUACUAGACGAAAACCCCUAUUGGUUGUAACUUGUAUUCAAAUAGUCAUGUGCCUUGACGUCUACCACAUUGAUAUGUUUUAUGACUGAAUCCUAAUAACACUCCGAUAUAAAUAAAAUGUUUAUCUAAUCGA